UUGCCGCAGAGACGCCCCGCCCCCCGCGCGGUGCUGCGGAACCAGGAGCCCCGGGCGGCGGCGGCAGCCGAGGCUGGACAGGCGGCCAGGGGCGAGGGAAGGACAACGACGACGACGACGAGCGCGGGCCGGACCGAGCUGAGGCGAGAGCGGCCGCUGCAAAGCGGGCCAGCCGCACGGACGCGCGCGGGGCUCCAGACAUGGUGCUGAUCAAGGAGUAUCGAGUUGUCCUGCCUGUGUCUGUUGAUGAGUAUCAAGUAGGACAGCUGUAUUCGGUGGCAGAGGCCAGCAAAAAUGAAACAGGUGGUGGUGAAGGUGUGGAGGUCCUGGUGAAUGAACCCUAUGAGAAGGAUGGCGAGAGAGGCCAGUAUACCCACAAGAUCUACCAUUUACAGAGCAAAGUACCGACGUUUGUUCGAAUGCUGGCCCCAGAGGGAGCCCUGAAUAUCCAUGAAAAAGCGUGGAAUGCCUACCCCUACUGUAGAACAGUUAUUACAAAUGAAUACAUGAAAGAUGACUUCCUGAUUAAAAUUGAAACCUGGCACAAACCUGACCUUGGAACACUGGAAAAUGUGCACAAACUGGAGCCAGAUGUAUGGAAACACGUGGAAACUGUUUUUAUAGAUAUUGCAGAUCGAAGCCAGGUGCUUAGCAAGGAUUAUAAGCAGGAAGAAGACCCAGCAAGAUUUAAGUCAGUCAAGACGGGUAGGGGACCGCUGGGUCCCAACUGGAAGAAAGAAUUGGCAAAUCAGAAAGACUUACCAUACAUGUGCGCUUACAAACUGGUGACGGUCAAGUUCAAGUGGUGGGGCCUCCAGAACAAAGUUGAAAACUUUAUACAGAAGCAAGAGAAGCGUCUGUUUACAAAUUUCCACCGGCAGCUGUUCUGUUGGCUUGAUAAGUGGGUUGAGCUGACUAUGGAUGACAUUCGCAGGAUGGAAGACGAGACCAAGAGACAGCUGGAUGAGAUGAGAGAAAAAGAUCCUGUGAAAGGAAUGACAGCAGAUGACUAAUGCCAUCCCUUCCCCUCAGCACUUUUUGCAAGACAGUGGUCAGCAGGAAGGCCCAGCAGCUCCACCCUCCUGAGAGACAGGCCAUCUCCGGACCCAGCCUUUCUGUGCCUGCUUGACAGGCGAUUUCCAACCCCUCGUAGCUAAUUCUAGAUGCCCUUUAAUAUUGUGAACAAAUAGACCGUCUGGUAUUACUAAGCACACGUGUGCGGGAGCCGGCGCCUGCCUCUGAGACGUGUGGCGUGUAGGGCGCUGGAUCAACAGCUCCUCCCUCCUCUUUCCAUUGUGUUCUGACCCAUUUCCAUGUGGCCCCUCUUUCCAAGUGACAUUUCUAGCUGAAAUAGCUGUCUUUUGUGAUGUGAUUUAAAUGAUUUAAGUUUGUCUGUUUUAAACCUGGGAUAAACUGAGGCCUCUUGUGCCCUGGCCAGACCCUCAUGAUUCUGAGUGCUAACCUGGGGAGAAAGAAGCUCUCGGGUGGAUUGAUUGAUUUCUCUCUUCCUCUUUCCCGGUCCCUGCCCUCGCACCCCGGCUCUGGUCCCCGGAAUGGCAGUGCAGCUUCGAGACUCUUAACAUUUGCUUCUGGCAUCCCAGUAUUCCGGUGCUUUGUACCAACAGUAGCCAAGGCUUAGUUAGCCGGUUGCAGUUUAGGAGCAAAGCCCAGCCCAGCCCUAGGCACCAGCACCCGGAAUCCCUCUCUUUGGAGGCACCUGAUAGCUUCUUACACCAUUCUGUGACUCACUUUGUAUGCAUCGGCUUGCAGAGCCCAUCACGUGGCUGUCGAGUCUAGAGCUGCAGGGCCCUGCCCUAUUUGGCCCACCCUUGUGACGAGAUGCCACCUAUGAGAAGUGACCCCUUGGGGUGCUAUCUACGCCUGUGCCCUGCCUCCCAGUCAGGCUGGUGCUUCUGUUGAGCAAUAAUCCCAUGUUCUCUUGGAUCCCUCGUCCCUGGCUCUGAGCCUGGCUACGAUGCAGAGUCCCCAUCUUUUCCAGCUGCAUGCAAAAAAGCCCCCUUUGCCCUAAAGCUUCUGUAGUCGUCUCAUCUGCCAGGGCUGCUGGAGAGGGACUAGGAAGAAAGGGCCCUGAGGCCCAGGCCUUCAUUUUCCCCUGCUGAGCUCUGCUCCAGAUCGUCCCAUAGGGCCAGAGGGGCACCUCUGUCCCACACUCCGUCCGGGUGGGCCUGGUGAGGAGAGGUAGCCUCUAGCCAAGCUGGCCCUCCAGGCAGUCCUGAGCAUAGGGCUCUUCUCUUCAGUUAGCCAGCCGCUGGAGUCUCCUCCUCCUCCUCCUCCUCAGCAAAACCUGACAGGACUCUCAUCCUAGCCAAGGGCACAUACCAGAAGCAGCUGUGGUGGCACCAUUUCUCCAAAGCUGCUCCAGUCAUCAGUGUUCCAAGUCCAUGCUGCCCCGGGCUCGCACUGCCGAAGAGAGAGGCAGGAUCCCCAGCAGGGAGGAGGUAGUUUGUCUGCGGGUCUCUGUUAGUUUGCUUUGCCUUACUCAUUUCUAAGUGCAAUAAAAGGAGUGUAGGACUUCA